AUGUUGGGUGGAAAUCGAUUUGUAGCCCAAUUGGCUCUUCGCCAACUUCGCUCUCGUGGAAUCGUUAUCUCGAGAAAUCGUUUCGCUUGGGGAAGUGAUGCGGUUGGACCGAAUGUUCCUGUUGGAGGAAGAAUGGGAGCAUCGGAAAAUCCCGAAUUGCACACUUAUGAUGGAGAUUAUCGUGGUACAAUUUCAAAGGGAGAUAAACCAAUUCCAGAGUGAGUGAUUUUCAUUUUUUGUUAAGGCUUCGUGGGUGGUCUUUGCUCAAAAAAUAGCUGUCUAAACACUUUCAAACUUAUCGUAAUUCUAAAAUAUUUUCAGUUAUUUCUACCGUACUCCAACUACUGGCCGUACUUACAUUGAUCGAGUUCUCUCAUACUUCAUUUCGGCUGUUAUUUGGGCUUGGUUUUCUUAUCACAUGUACUACCACUCUGGACAUAUUCUUGUAAGUUUUCCCCCGAAAAAAUAUUUCUGAUUUAAUUUAUCCCACUAAUUUUCCAGGGUCAUUGGUACAUGCCAUAUUUGUCUGAAUUCACCGACGAGGAACUCGGAAUUCCUCCAGCAUCGGCUCCGGAUCCGGAAUAUUGGGGAAACCACAAGAAGCAAUAUGGAACCUAUCGAUAA